AUGCGUAACCGAUACAUAACACGAUGCAAUUCCUUCGAAACCAAAGAAGUCCCUCGCCAACUUCCCGCUUGGCUCGAUUGUCACCGGAAACCAGUUUCGAUGAUCCUUCGGCUGUACGCCAUGUUGAUCUUCUGCUGGGAUGUGUUGAUCAUCCUGGUCCAGUUGUUUCUCACUCUCUUACGGUCUGUGUUUCAUCUCGUGCGGCCACCGAAAGCGAAGAGCCUUAGCGGAGAAGUAGCUGCUGUUGUAGGCAGCAGUCGUGGAGUUGGAUACGAUCUAGCCAUUCAAUUAGCGACUCUCGGGGUGAAGGUUGCGUGCGUUGACGUGAAUGCCACCGAAAACGAGCUCUUAGUGAAGAAGAUCCGAUCCUGCAGUGGAGUGGCCAAUGCAUACGCGUGCGAUGUAACGAACAAGGCGGAAGUCAACCGAACGGUGGCAGCUAUCGAGAAUAACUUUGGCACCAUAAGCAUGUUGUUCCACUGCUGCAACGUGCCGAGUGCUCGGAGUUUGGUAACCGAACCGCCUCCGAUCGAGUUCACGCUAAAUGUCGGCGUAGUUUCUCAUUUUUUGCUUCUCGAAGCAAUACUACCCAAGAUGAAGAAAGCUUCACGCGGACACGUUGUCUUUCUCACGUCGGUUGCCGGCGUUAGUGGCCUCAAGCAUCAGAUGCCCCUCGCAGUGUCUCAGUUCGCCGUGCAGGGACUCUACGAGUCGACGCUGGAGGAAUUGCGCAUUGAAAAGUGCCAACACACGAUCCACACGACGCUGGUGCACAUUUACCCGUUCAUCAUAACCGACCACUGCCUGAACGACAUCCGGUUGCGCAUUUCGUCCGCAUUCGGGCGUAUCAAGUCGGAUGAAGCGGCUCGCCGCAUAAUCGCCGGUGUCCGACGCAACGAACUUGAAAUUAGCAUCCCCAAGUAUCUGCUGUACGUGAGCCAUUUGCUUCGACUGCUUCCGCGUCGAGCGACGCUGCUGCUACGAGAAUUGAUCGACACCGGGCUGGAUCUGUAGUGUCUGGCAGAGAUAAACCCACAAGAACGAUAACGCGCGCACCAAAAGCACCAUGACCGUGCACGAUUGAAGUUAUACACUAGUUUUGUUUUCUAUUACGUUUGCUUUAAACAUUAUUUGUUUUCUCGAAAUAAGUUAUACGCAGUAUGUACCCCGUAAGAAAGUAACAUGAACAAAAAAAACUAAAAUAUAAUAAACAUCCGAUCGUGAGCAAUCAACUCAUCAUUGGAAACGAUCAAUCCACGGAAUGGAAAAUUUUAUACAUUUUGAAAAUCAAAACUGAAAUAAGUAGGCUCAUCAUAUGUUGAAUAUGAAAUGUUGA